AUGGAUGUCGUCGUGUGUCGUCUUGUGUCGUCCACCGCCGUCACCAGAAUGCGCCGCCGCCCAUCACGCAGAGGAACAAGGUCGUCGGAUCGUGUGCACCAGCGUUACGAGAGACGCGAGAAGCGAGGAGAGCGCGUGGGUAACGGAAAGAGCCCCGAAAGCGAGCACGCAGGCGACCCACUUAUUGUGGGACCCACUUCUACCUGUAGUUUUACGUGUAGCGCACUACGAACCGCGAAAGCACCUGACGAGCAGCACUGUAACGCCGCUAUUGCCUCGUCAGCCGAAAACGAACAUCGUCGCUUUGUCUCCUGCUCAGCAUCAUCGCGAAACCACCGACGACGGCGACGAGACUACGCACGGCCGACGUACCGACGACUACGACACGUCACCAAUAGACAUUCAUUCGACUGGGAGCCGCGUCGGAUGGCGGGCCCUCGCGACGGCCGCUAG